AUGGUUCUUGGAAGUCUGCUUAUAUCCGAUCCUUUUCCAACCAACGCAGUAUAUCCAUUCCCUGUUAACUUUGAACCCUUGAGAAGCAUCAUUUUUAUGCACCAAUCGUUCGUUGGCAUACAGUGUGCUGCACACGCUAGUAUGAAUGUGCUUUCUGCACUGUUAUUGCUAUUCACUACAGCUCGUUUCGAAAUAUUGAUGACGGAGUUGAGGAAUGUCAAUGAUAUCGAAACACUGAUUAAGAGUAUGAAAAAGUAUUCGACUAAACAACCGUUCGCUGUGAAAGCUCAGUUUCUUACUGUGAGUGGAACCGCUUUGCUGGAAGUGCUUAUGUGUUCACUACCAGCUGACCAUUUGAUAGAUAUGAGCGAGAACAUAAUGCAAGGAAUAUAUGAAUCAAAAUGGUACGAACGAUCUCUAAAAAUUCAAAAGUCUACAGUCCUCAUGUUGACUCCUCAAUCUCCGGUGACAGUAAAAAUCAAGUGCCUCAUUCCAGUUCUUUCUUUGAAUUUUUACUGCUCGUACGUCUCAAAUGUGUUCUCUUUAUUUACCGCUUUAAGAAUAGCCAUGAUAAAUGAUGAAACUGAAAAUUGA